AUGGGGCGCCCAAACCCUCCCCGAGACUAUUGCAAGAAGCUCCUUCCUGUGGCUAUCGAUGAGAUAGCGAGCAAGGAGCCGCACCGGCCGUGGGCAUCGCUGCCUGUCGACGACUGGGAUCUUGCCCAAGGCUUUGAGGAGAUCACCUUCGGCGCUUUAGCUAACGCCAUCAACAAGGUGGCUCACACUAUUGAAGCCGCAUUUGGGCGGUCCUCCAACUUUGAAGCCUUUGCCUAUCUAGGCGUGCCUGAUGUACGAUAUCAUCUUGUUCAGAUGGCGGCCAUCAAGACCGGGUACAAGGUUCUCCUUUCGUCUCCACUCAACAGCACCAACGUCCACGCUUCAUUAAUGGAAAAGACGAAAUGCGUGGCAUUGUUUUCUGCCAAUGGUGCUCGAGUCGAUGACAUCCUCAGGGCUCAUCCCGUCAAGCAUGCUUUGAUACCGGAACUGGACGACCUGCUGAGCUUGGAGGACCGCGCCCCUCCGUACCACUUCCACAAGACGUGGGAGGAGGGCAAGCUCGACCCCUAUAUGAUCCUUCACUCAAGUGGGACAACAGGGGACCCAAAGCCCGUAGAGUACACGCACCUAUUCUACGGUAACGCGUGGACUUACAUAUUCUUGCCGGAGGUCUACGGACGAGAGCACUUUUAUGACCUAAUGUACCCAGGAAAUGGCUUCCGACAUCGAGCCAUAACUACCGGUGAUAUCCGCGACUACCUGGAGUUUGCGAGGGUAACCAAGGCCGCGCUUACGCCUUGGAUGAUGGAGGAGCUUGCUCGCAGGCCCAACCCCGAGCGAUACAUCAAGCCGUUUGAAUCUGUAUUAUUUGGAGGUGCCGUGCUUUCACCUCAUGCCAGUAGUAUUUGGGCAAAAUACACUCACAUCCAGAAUGGGUGGGGCUGCACUGAGGCUAUGGCUGCAGGUCUCGUGAGGGCAGACAACGAGGAUUGGCCUUACGUGUACUUUGACACUAUCCAUACCGGUAUCGAGUUUCGGAAAUCGAACGCCGAAUUCUUUGACGAGCACGGGUUGCAGGUACCACUAUACGAAAUAGUGCUCACUAUGAAUGAGAAGAAUGCCCCCUAUGCGAGCUGGCAUGUACGACAGGGCAUGACACCCGAGAAUGCGAGGCCACCAUACCCCGAAUAUCGGCCUGGGGACCUGUGGACGCCCCACCCAGACCCAGAAAAAGCCGCAUUUGUUUUCAAAUUCGUGGGCCGUACUGAUGAUACCUUCACGCUCUCCACCGCUUCGAACAUCCACCCGGGGCCUAUCGAGAGAGCGAUCGGCGCUCACCCCAAAGCUGGAGCUGUCAUGAUCGUGGGUAACCAGCGCAGGCAACCACUCGCGCUGAUCGAAAUUAUUGAAGGAGCCGAGCCUACCGCAGGUCUGAAAAAAGAGAUUUGGGAGUCCGUGAUAGAGGGUGCCAAUGCAAACAUGCCAGCUCAUGCGACUAUCACGCGUACGCAUGUGGCGCUGGUGCCACCUGCGUCCUUUAUUCGAACGCCAAUCGGGAAAAUUAUUCGGAAGAAGACAGAGGCAAAGUUUGCGGACCUGAUCAACAGCGUGUACGAGGAAUUCGGGGAUCAGUGGCAGGGCAGACAGGGCAGGUUUAGCUCAAUUACGGCGACGACGCAGAUCACAGUGGAAUCCGGAGGGCUCAUGCGCAUUUUCAUUCCCUUUCUUUUCUGCAGAGCCGCUCGACAAGCUUUCCUUGCCAAGUCAUCUGAUCUACUACUGCAAGCGAAGUUCUUCAUGGGCAUAAUUGCCAUUGCUGCCUUCACGGCAGACGCCCGGCACAGCCGUAAGCGGGGUGUUCAACCCGCGAGAUGUACAUCAGAAGCCGCAGUACAACGUAAGGAAUAUGGCAGCAUGGCUGACCACGAGAAGCUAUCUUACAUCCAUGGAGUCCAGUGCUUGAUGCAGAUGCCUUCCUUAUACCCACCCGAGGUCGUACCAGCGGCAACGAGCCGCUGGCUUGACUUCACGGCAAUCCACAUCGACCAGACGCUGGAGAUUCACUUCUCUGGACUACUGCUCCCCUGGCAUCGUCACUUCCUCUACCUCCUCGAGCAGGCACUUCAGCAAGACUGCGGAUAUCCAAAGUCACUCGGGAUUCCCUAUUGGGACUAUCCACUGUACCCGCAUUUGGAAAACAGUCCCAUCUUCGACGGUUCCCAUAACUCGCUGGGGAGUAAUGGCCGUACCACCGACUACUGCAUAGAGACGGGCCCUUUUUCCAACUCCACCAUCAAUUUUGGGCCUUUUACCUCCAUAGUGACCUUUGACAUCACCCAGCCGGCCAACUGGCAGGAGUCGAAGCCACAGUGCAUCCAGCGCAAAUUCAAUGACGAGGCCCUCCAAGCGUUCAACAAUCAAUCCAACAUCGACGCCCUGCUGGCCUCCCCAAACAUCACAACAGUCCUGCGCUGGCUCAACGGCGCGAGCCUCCUGUUCGGCUUUACGGAGAAGGGAAUCCACGGCGGAGGACACUACUCGAUCGGAGGAACGGCCUCUGAUUUCUUCGGUAGCCCGCAGGAUCCCGCUUUUUUCCUGCAUCAUGCUCAGCUGGACCGCCUUUGGUCGAUCUGGCAGGGCAGGCACCCAGAGUUGAGGUACACAUAUAACGGGACCAGCACGGUCUUCAAUCCGCCGGGAGUGACACCGGAGGUGGUGAAUUCGACAGUGAUGAAUUUUGGGCCAGUUGGAGAAUCCAUCACGGUAGGGGAGACAGCGGACCCGAUGGGAAGGAUACCCUACUGUUACGUUUAUGUUUAA